CUAGCUCCUUUAGAAAUAGAAGCACGCGGAGAAAAAGCACAGCUCGCUUAUCAAAGAGCUCUUAAAGAUGGAGCUGUUAAUGUUUACCGUGGUCGAGUAUUGCUUAUUGGGCAGGAUCGGGCAGGAAAAACAAGUUUGAAGAAGUCUCUCAUUGGUCUACCAUUUAAUUCAAAAGAAAAAAGCACGGAUGGAAUUGAAGUGGAUCCUUCAAAAUUUCAGUUGGACGUUGGUGAAGUCAGGAAUUGGCAACCUAUUGAUGAGAGAAAGCAAGGAUUGCUAGGAUGCUCAAAAGAUGUGGCACAGGUGGUAGCGGAAAGGAUGUAUACUGAUAUUCCAGUUAGCCGUGUCUUUGUCAGGAAGGAGUUAAGAAUUGAAGCAGUACUUCAAAGUGAUGAUAACAAGAAUAGGAAACAGGUUGAUACUGAUGGAGAAAAGGAGGAUGUUUCUCCUGUGAACCAGGUUUGUUUUUGUUGGUUUUGAAUAGUGAUGUUUUUUCGUGAAUCCAUCAUUUACUUACUGCAAGAACGUCCUAACAGUAGUUAAUAUGAAUUGAUUAUCGCCAUCUUCAUAAGUUAGGUUAUAGUGACUUCCCAGUGCCCUUUGCCACAGUCUCCGUAUGGAAAAUAUGCGUGUAACAACUGCCAGAUCGUUUUCUAGCUCGUUUUCCAAUGCUGGUUAAAAUUUUUGACCAGCGUUUUUACACUUGUAAGUUUAGUUCCGAGAGUAGAAUGAUAAUACUAUCAACCAUUUAGUUAAAUUUCCAUGAUUGUACCCAUCUACACGUAAGCUUAGCCUUUGGGUUAGUAGUGCGUGUGCAAACCAAAGUGAGUUUAGCCAUAUCUUUAUUUAUACUUUUAAGUGUUAAUUAGGCCUUGAGCAUAGCUUUCUCUUAUGUUGUUGUUGUUGUUGUUAAUCACAAUGUCGCUAUUUUCUUUUUUUAUGCCAGUAGUAAAGCCAAGGGGCUGGGAAGACUCAAUCAAACAUCAUUUUCCUAUACGUCCUUAAACUCACUGUUCCUUAAAAAAAUGCAAGAGCAUAUUAAUGUUGUGGAUACCUCAUGCUUCCAAUAAUCGUGCCUCAAUGUUUGAACUUAUUAAGAAUUUUCUGUCAUCAAAAACAACUUUAAAUGGCUGCAUAAUCGAAUGGGAGGGUGAAGAGGAAUAAUUAGGUGUUCAUCAUUCCAUUAUUCCAGCUCGAACAUUUUUCUUAUUCUAUUCUUUCAGUAAAAAAAGAACAACUUAUUCCGUUGAAAACAUCUGCUUAUUCCAUUAUUCCGCGCCACAAAAUGGCAUUAUUCCAUUCUUACAACAACAAAAAUUCCGUUAUUCUUACUCCAUUAUUCCUCUUCUCCCCCAAAAGUCGAACCAGCCAUGUUAAGUCUUUCAUAAUCAGAAUCAACAGCUAUUUUCUGUUUCUUUUUUUCAUACUCUGCUUCAGGUUGGUGAUCCAAACGAAGACCGUGUUGAUGAACCCACAUUAACAGGACCUGAUCAUGAGUUAGUGGUUGAUACUACUUCACCUCCAGAGGAGAUCAAGGAACGAGCAGUUCAGUUGAUAAAGGAAAUACAAGAUGAAGAUUUUACGGCUGAAGAAUCUGUUGUCAGUAUUGAACUGUGGGAUUUUGCUGGACAACACCUGUAUUAUGCAUCCCAUCCUGUAUUUUUAUCAUCACGUGCGCUGUACAUUUUGGUGUGCAACCUCAGCAAGCCACUGCAUGACACAGCCAAGCCCUGUGUGAGACAAGGAUCUCGUAAUGUUGAGUUGGAAAACCCAAAUGGAGAAACAAAUCUUGAGAACUUGUUGUCUUGGCUGUCCACAGUGCAUAGCGUCGCACAGAUGAGAAGAGAAACCUGUGAUGAUGUAGAAGCAGAGGUGCCUCAUUAUUUACGUCCCCCAGUGAUCAUUGUAGGAACCCAUGCAGACAAACCAUUUGAAGACAUUGCAACAAUGAAAACAGAAAUCCAGAACGCAAUUGGUGGUAAGGACUAUGAAGGACAUGUGGUGCGGCCUAUCUUCAGCAUUGACAACACUGCAAAAUUAACUCAAAGAAAGAUCAAGACAAUGGUUUUCGGGAAAGAUGAAAACAUUGAGGAGAUCCAAGCUCUACGAGUGAAAAUCAUGGAAGUGCUAAGACAGGAGCCUUACAUUGGGGAGAGGAUACCUGUGGGGUAAAUAAUGGUUAUACAAGAACAGAAUCCAUUAAAGUAAAUUUUAAAUAAUUUCCAUGUCAAAAGUUGAGCUGUGAACGCACUGGGAUUACUGUUUAUGUGUAUGGCGUUUGUUUCCGGCAGUCCUUAUAAGAUUUUUCUUUGAUAUGCGAUGUGUUCUUUGAUAUGCAGGUGUCAUUAGUAACUCAUUGACUGUGACGCUAUAUAAAAGCGUGAAAGAAAUGAAUACCUCGUUGAUUGAAACAAGUUAACCAUGAAAAGUAGUUUUGACUGGCCUUAAGGAAUAUUAUGUCCUGAAGCGUUUCACAAUCUUAUUUCGAAUUGGUCCAAAAGCACUGUGUACAUUUCAUGUUCGUUUUAAAAAGGUAAAGUAAUCGAUCUGUGGUAAACUGCAUAACUGCACAGGGUUACCAUUUAAGAACAUGCUCAGCUGUAUUAGUUAAACUUAUUUAAGCAUAUAUUUAUUUCAUUUCAACUUUAGAAAGACCAUCAAUACUAACUAAUAAAAAAUCUUCACGGCUUUUCACAAGUCAGCAGUCAUGUUUUGAAACGUGUGUAUGCUUCUGGCCCCGGUUGUUCAAACCGUGAAUCACUAUUAAGCUGGAAAAUAUCAGUAAACCUAAUGGCACUUUCCACUGGAUUUUGGACAGAUAUUUAUCCAGGGAAAAGAUUUAUCCACCUUUCGCACAACUGGGCCCUGUACUUAAGUCAGUACUGGUAUACUGUGUAUUUGUGACAUAUGGAUACUUAAACUCGUGCUAUCAAUUUCCUCUUUGGUUUUGUAAACUAGGUGGCUGAGCUUUGAGAAAGUCAUCAACGCUUUGCUUUCCAAGCCAGUUUAUUACCUGAGUAUAACAAAGUUACGGAACCAUGCCAAGGAGAAGAGCUUCAUCGAUGACCAUGAAGGGUUUACCACCAUGGUGAAUUUCUAUCAUGACUUGGGGAUAAUUAUCAAGCACCGUAGCACAGUCAUCCUAAGUACCCAGUGGCUGAUAAACUUGUUCGGACAGCUGAUCACUAUUCCAGAUUUUACGAAGAUGGUAAGAAAUGGAUUUUAAACGUGUUUUAAAACUUGCAAGGUUUAUAAUAGUCCACAUUUUGGAUGACAUCACAGGUUUCCAACCGUGCGGUAGCUAAUAAAAAUAAUUAUUUCAAGUGCAUUUCCCGCUAUCUUUUUGAAAAUGUUAACUGUUCCUCAAAGAUUUGUAAACAGCAAAAUCGUAGUUGAUUGGACUACUAUUUAAUAUUUCCCCAGUGUAAAACAGUUAGGGUAGGCGAUGUAAUUCUGAAAUGAACUCUUAUAGCAAACCUAUAACAACUGAAUUUGUACUAACGCCUGGUCAGCAGUCGUCCCUGUAAUAAGCCCGCUAUACUGACGUCACUAAGAGGAAGCAUUACACUUUCACUGCACUUUCUUAUUUGAACGUUGUAAUAUCCCAAGAGGAUUCUUGUUUCAAUUUCGAAGGACAUUAGGUGACGUCACGAGGUACCCGCGAACAGUAAGAGAAGCUUAUAACCAAUUUACCCGCAAUUUACCUUUUAUGUAGGCUCAAAGGAAUCGGACAACCAAACAUAGUAAAAAUACAUAUUGUAUAUAGAAAGGAAACCUGACUUUUCUCUGCCCUAACUGAUGCACGCGAAGAGCGAAUUGCGAAAAAUUUAUAACACUGCUCAACCUACACGAAAAAACGAAGAAGUUUAGCUUGUAUCAAGCAGUAUUGCCUCCCACGCUGACUUCCUUUUGGCUCGUUACGCAACCCUCUCCAACUAGAUUACAACUAGUCUCUUCCUCAGGGAUAGUGGAGCGAGCGAAUUACGCGAGCACGAGUGAAAUUUGUCACCCUCUAGGAAGGUGACAAACGCUCCUGUAUUUUAAUCGCUCAAAUAUUCCAGAGGAAAAUAAGGGGCCACUCGUAGUGUAUCCUCAGUAGUAUAUUAGGCAUAGAAUCAGCCUUUUUUGUGGUGGAAUCUUCGCUGGAAUACAUAAACGCCGAUGACGUCAUAACCUUCAUGAAUAAGAUGCUGUUGAAUCUCUUUAAAGGGUUAAAAAUAACACACGGCCUUAUCUCAGGGUCAGUUUACAUCGAGGUGGAGGACCCUAGGUAGGUGAGGUAACCCGCUGCUGGUCACCCCAGCUAUCAUGUAAACGUGGUCAAAUUAAAAUGAGACAUUAUGUGGAUAGGCGGGUUACCUCACUUGCCUGAGGUCCCUCACCUCUGUGUACACUGGUCCUACGAUAAGGUCGUGUUCUAUUUGUUAACCCUUUGGACAGGUUUUCCAGUUAUUUCUUGGUAGAAGGUCUUGCUUUUUGAUUGGUCGACGACUAAAUGUAAGAACUAGGAAAAGUAUUCAUUGGUUGAUUCAGGUUGUCGAAGGAAUAAGCGCUAACUCGCCUGUGACGUAGUUGUGCAAGUUACAUUUCAUACCGUUCUCAUUGUUCAAUAAGUUGUUUAGGUUUACUAUGCGCGCAAAUCGUUAAUUUUUCAUGAGUACGAAGCCACACUAGCCAUUUCUAUCACGAAAAACAUUUUUCCACUUUCCCACAUCCCUUUUUCCUUUUCCACAUUUCAUGAUUUCACAUUGUUUCCUUCCACCACGACAACCACGUUUCUAUUGUUUUCUCUCAGCGCGAGGUUAUGGUGAACGUUGUGAAGAAAAGAAAACUUAACUUCGUAAAUCUUCUAACGUGAUUGGAAAGAAUUGUGUGACGAACCAAACGGAGGGCUGCUUAGAAGGCUAUCCUCUUUACUUUUAUUCACACUGUAGUACUUGCUAGGCAGACUACGUAACUUUUUCUUUAUAUGCGUCCCCACACAAAAACGGAAAAUUCUAGAUCUUUUUCUUUGUUUGUUGAUUAAAAUAUUAAAUAAAAUAACCAACAAUUUACAAGUGCAUUAAUUAACUGUCUCAAAAUUCUCCCAAAAUAUCACUAUUCUAAGAAAGCUUUGUUAUUGUCCUUCACCUUAUUCCGUCUUAGGUUCCUAAGGUUGCCAAGCACUGGAAGGAAGUUAAAGAAAGUGGUGUUCUCUCCAUGGAACUGGUUGAUCUUGUGUUUUCCAACUUUCUCCUGAAGGGUGUUGCCGGGAGAGACAUUCUUGAUUUGAUGGAACAAUUUGGAUUGAUUGCAAAAUUUUCAUCUUCAAGGACAGGUGAAAAGUAUUUUGUUCCAUCUCAACUCAAAGCGUCGCCUGAUUCCCUUUGUUCCAUGGCGCCUACAAGGCUGGACCCUUGUCCCCUGUAUGUUUACUUUGUUAGCGGUUCUGUUCCCCAUGGUCUGUUCACUCGGCUUGUUUCUCGAUCUGUCCGUUGGUGUUCUGAGGCUGGUCCAACUCAGUCCCCUACCCUGUACCAAAAUGGAGCUUGGUUUGUUAUUGGGAAGCAAACUUUCCAUGAUUUUGUUCUUAUUUGUAAGAAGCAGUUUAUUAAGUUUUUUAUCACGCAAAGAAACCAACUUCAGCAGAUCUCUGUGGAUGACACAAGUGAGGUGGCGGUGCAGGUUCGUAAGUUUGUGGAGGCAACUUUGCGAGCUUUGUCACGUGAUCUCUAUAAAGGUGGAUUGCAGUAUCAUAUUCGGGUUGCCUGUCCGUAUUGUCAGCGGGAAAAGUGUUCAAGGCAUGAUCAGAUUGCAUGUUCUCAUGAAGAUUGUCUUCAUCUCCUUGAGUUAAGACAAGGCGAUCCUCUGAUUUGCAAAAAGAAACCUCUUGAGGAGGUACUCACAGUUACGGGACAGCAAAAGUGGUUCUCGCAAAUAGAAAGUAAGGUAGGUAGCAGUAAAAUGCGAUCUCUAGCAGUGCUCUUAGCAUAUUACAUAUAGCAAGCGAAUACACAUACUACUAAUAAAAACUUAUGUCCUUAAAAGGUAGCCAGACUAAAAAGGCUUCAACAAAGUCUAUACGUGUGAUUUGUUAGGUUAUAGUAUGAUGUACAACGUAUGCCUUCAUUUAUCGUGCCACGAGCUCCACUGGAGUGUAAGAGAAGGCUUUGUUGCUGUCAACUUAACGAACAUUGGUUCUUAAAGGAACUGGUUCACGAUAAUGCGCAUGCGCGCCGUUUGUCUCUUCAGAAUAUAUUUGUCGGGUCAACACUAAAUUCGAAAUCGCCAUUACCGGUACAAUCAUUGAAAAUCCUUCGUUUUAUUCGGACAUCCGUCGCUUUGGCUGGUCUAGUUAUACUUCGGUAGUGGUGAUUAACGUGUGGUUGUGUCGUUUGACUGGUUACGUUUUAAGAAGACGCAAAAAAUAAUGUUUUGAUCAUAGAGGUUCAGAAGAGCAUCGUGGCCGUCCGGCAACAGGACGUUCUCAAGAGUCUCUGGAGAUAGAGAAGCUUAGCCGAUCGAUCUGGUAUGGUUCUAGGAGUACUGUGUGGCAUACGAAAAGAAUACACGACACUUGGAAAGUGGUUAAAGGCAUGAUUUCGUUCAACUUUGAUUUGAUUUUUGAUUCCGACCUGUAGUUAUACCGCAACAGGCCGCGCGAUCUUCACCGAUCUGGUACACUUGAAAUGUUCCUUGUAUCAUUGCUUUACGAUCGUAUAUGUUGAAGAAUUGAUGUUUUUAAAAUAAACUAUUGCCUGAAUAUUCUGUUUAUAAUCUAGUUUCUUUAUGUGUGCUACUCGAUAACAUUUGUUUUGCGGAACACUGACCCGAUGCAACGCGAAUGAAUUUGUUCAUUUGCUGAUAAGCAAUUGAAAUUUAUGCUCAAUUAAGGAUAAUCUUUAUACUCAUACGUUGUGUGUUUUUGUCACCGGUCAGGCGCUAUUUGUAGGUAUUUCUGGGUUUAUAUAAGGCGAACUGAGAGAACAGUAAUAAGAUGUUUGUUUACAAAUUUUGUUUGCCGAUCGGUGACUGUUUUGUUAGCGUGGGUACGACCUCGUAAAAAUACACGUUGGUAAAUGUUUGUUUCAAAGCAGGACAGGGCUGUAAAUCUUAUUCUUAACGGCUGCAACAUAUAUCUGAGGAGUAGCAAAGAAUAAACUUGAAUUAUGGGGAUAAAUAAAAUCAAACCAAAUGCCCGGAAAUACUCUCGCGUCGCGAACAAUUAAUUUGAAUUUUGUAAAUUUACUUGCGUGCAACCAACUCGCUUCCGAUUGGUUGAAAAACAAUCAGCUACUGUCAGAACUCACACAUGCGCAUUAUCGUGAACCAGUCCCUUUAAUAUCAUGUAAGUUGAUAAGGUCAAUUGGCUACCAUGUAUUACUAAUUGUUAUUGGCCUGUAGGCAUAGCAGUGGCUAUAUAACUUUUUCCCAAGUCUUUUUUAACGUGCUGUUUGCUUUGCGGUUGAGCAAUAAGUUUAUAGCAUCUAACGUGUUGACAUGUUUUGCAAACUUUCAUUCAAAAAGGUAGAAACCCCCAGAUGUAAAUUUUAUAUUUUAUAAUAUGCAAUUUUGGUUGCUAUGCAGGAAGCGCGUACUCCAUUAUCAUCACCUGGUACUGCACAAGCUCGUCCAGAGCGUCUGGUACUGAAAGUUACACUUCUCGCGAAUGAGUGGGGGUCGUCUAAGGGUGGCUUGUCAACAAUAAACAGAACUCUUGCCAUACAUUUGGCAAAAGACGCAAACGUAGAAGUCACCAUUCUUGUACCUGAAUUUGAGUGUGGCGAAGAGGAUAAGAGAGCUGCCAAUAGUCACAACAUAUCCAUCCGGGAAGCAGGGCGCCUUCCUGCCUUCAGUGAUCCUCUUGACUGGUUGAGUUUUCCACCAGAUGACCUUGACAUCCAGGUUGUGAUCGGCCAUGGAGCAAAGCUUGGCAGACAAGCGCAAAUUAUCAGAAAGUCUCAUUGCUGCAAGUGGGUGCAGGUUGUUCACACUGAGCCUGAAGAGCUUGCGAUGCAUAAGAACUAUCCAAGCGCCAUUGCCAAGGGAGAAGGGAAGAACAGAGCUGAAGUUGACCUUUGUCAAAUUGCAGAUCUCGUUGUAGCCGUUGGACCCAAGUUAAAGGAAGCGAUCGCGUGCAAGUUGCGUUCAUCUCAUCGAGACAUCUUUCAAUUAAUACCAGGUUCCUUUGCAGAGUUUUCAGAUAUUGAACAUGCUGCACAAGAUGGUGUAAAUUUCAGAGUAUUGACCUUUGGUCGCGGUGAUUUGGAAGACUUUAGUCUUAAAGGAUACGACAUUGCCGCUCAAUCCAUAGUUGAAUUGAAGGACAGUACUUAUAGCCUUGUUUUCGUUGGUGCUUCCGAUGGAAAGCAGGAUGAAGUGGCAGAAAUCUUACUCCAAACUGGCAUUUCAAAGAACCAGCUGAUUGUGAGAUCAUUUGUGAAAGACAAAAAAAGAUUGAGAGAGUUGUUUUGUGAAGUUGAUCUGGCCAUCAUGCCAUCAAGAACUGAGGGGUUUGGUUUGACAGCAUUAGAGGCCAUGUCAGCUGGUCUUCCCAUUCUAGUUAGUGGAAACUCCGGAUAUGGAAAAGCACUGCGUGCUCUUCCAAUGGGUGAGUCAUUUGUGAUCGACUCUGAUGACCCCAAGGAAUGGGCAAAGGCAAUUGCAGCCAUCCGUCAAAAAUCAAGGACACAGCGGCUUGAGGGAAUCCAAAGACUGCGAAGAAGUUAUGAUGAAAGAUUCAGUUGGGAGGGACAGUGCCAGGCCCUUGUUGACAGGAUGUGGAAGAUGGUCUAUGGUAAGAAAUCAAAUUUACCGACAGGAAAGUAACGAUAAUAAUAAUAAUUAGUAUACUUGAAAAUGUUAAAAUGCAUAUCUUAUCAGAAUUAUCCUUCAUUUGACCUUCGUCAUUCAUCGCUGCAUGUCUAUUGCCUCUGCAAUAGCGAGUGCAUAAAUACAUUUUUACUACAUUAUGUUUCGUGGUCCAUGUGCAUCGCUAUUGUCGUUUGCCUUUUUAACCUUAAUGUUGGCAUUCACACUCUCCACACUGUUCUCCAUACAUAUCUUGUGUUACUGAUGAGGAGAAUUUGUUUAAUAAUCAAGAUCUUUUUUACCGGCUUAUCAAUUCCAUUCUUUAAAACUUUUAUGUAUAAUUUUAUAAAAUGUUGGCUACACUUGAAGGAGUUAAGGAUAAAAGAAAAUUAAAAUCUAUAACAUUGCGAUACAUCAAAGUCAUCUGAUUUCUAUUCAUCUGCAGCAGCAAUGGUGGGGUUCUCUUGUAUAUAAAAAGGAAGUAACAAAAAAAGCCCAGCCGAACUUUUGGCUAUAACUUAUAACAAAAAAUGAAUGGAGGGCUUUUAGGGUUGGAAUCUUCCUUUUUUUAAGAGUGACAUUUUUUUGUUAUAAUCAACACUUUUUAAUUUACAGGUCUUGAAAAAACCAACGAAGGUGACGUUCCACCGAGCGACUGUGGAAAAGUUGCUGCAACAGGACCGAUGGCAGGUAAUGUAAUUGUUUGCUUUGUCAAUUAAAGCAAAGACAUGAUUUAUUGUGCAGUACAGUGCGGUUAUUUUCUUCUGUUGAACAGGGGUGCUUUCGAUUAUUCGGAUGCUUUUAGCUUUUCAAUGUUUAGUGUAGCAUCUCCGAGUAAACUAACGUAAAAUAACUGUUUCCCUCUCCCGCUUACAGGCCAAACCAUUUAAAUUCACUGCUAAUUUAAACUUUACAGGUGUUGAAAAAACCCAAGAAGAUCGCGUUCCACAAAUUGGUUUUGAAAAAGAUGCUGCAACAGGACCGAUGGCAGGUGAUGUCAUUGUUUGCUUUGCCAAUUAAACCAAAGCCAAAAUAUAUUUUUGCAGUAGAGUGAAGUUACUUUGUCCUUUUAAAACUACAGUAGUUUUUCUGAAAUUGUCGACUGUUGUAAGCUUCAGACCAGUGCACUGUGCUGCACCUGUCUUAUGGAACUCGCUGCCAUUAACUAAAAGAACAAGUAGGAGCCUCGCCAUUUUUAAAAAGCAUCUUAAAACAUUUCUUUUUAGGAAAGCUUAUAAUUUACUAGAAUAACUUUGAAGUUUAGUGCUUUGAAUGUUUUAAUUUUAAUUUUGUAUAGAAUUUUAGACUUUUUCGAUUUUCGCAUAGCAUGGAAUUUUUUUGCUAUUGUUGUUGUUAUUAUUAGCUUUUAGGAAUUGUUUUAAUUGUAACUUAAUUUUAAGCACUUUUGAAUAUUUUAUAGUUCUAGCACUAUACAAACUCUUUAUCAUUGUCGUUAUCAUUAUCAUCAUCUCCUAUAAAACUGGCGUGAAAUAACCUCUAUCUUAUUUUGUCUUUUUCAUCUUCUGCUUACAGGUGAACCCAUUUUCCUUGCACUUCAACAAAUCCUGCUGGAAGCACGCAUAGAGUCCAGCAAAACUGAGUUUUCGGAAGCUUUAAAGAGGACUGCGUUGGAAAAAGGUUUUGCGAUUUCUGACAAUCAAGGAGAGGGAAACUGCAUGUUUUUUGCACUUUCAGAGCAGCUUGACCUCAUCAAAGGAAUUCAAAUGUCCCAUGAUGAGUUACGCCGAACUGUUGUACAACACCUUCGGGAAAACCCCAGGCUGGUAAGUACCUUAUAACUUUAUUAUCUUAACUAACAUAACUUUAUUAUUUAUAUAGCGCAAAAUACAUGGGUAUAUGAUCUAAUGCGCUUAUUAUUACCUUAUUAGGGUGCACACAUUUGCAGUAUACGAGCGUAGCUGUGGCAUUUGCCCGCUACAUUGUUUUAAUUCCUCUUAAAGUUAAAAAAAAAAUAAGGCCCUGUCCACACGUAUCCGAAAUACGGGUCCACACGAAGCGUAUUGGGAUCUUUUUCGCCCGUCCACAUAAAAACGCUAAGAUGAUUGAAAUACGAUAGCAUCGAUUUACAGAGCAUGUGUAGUGUUGUAUUCUAAAACCUCUGUAUUCGUCCAUCUCUCUCGUCUCCACUAUUGGGACUGUUUGUUAAAACCUGCGUUUUUGAUGCUAGAAAAUGUCGGUCACGUGUGGGCGAAAAGCUAAAUUGCACAAAUAAAGCUCCGAUUUAAAAAAAAAAUUUCCGGAUACGUGUGGGCGUGGCCCUUAAAUUCCUGCGAUUAAAUUUGACGGCUUUACGGGUAUGCUGAAUAUGAAUUCACCUUUUAUGAGAAAAACAACAGCUAGCUCUGCACGAGCAUCACGUUUUGCUUCUUCGUCCACUCAAUCAAUCAAUCAAUCAAUCAAUCAAUCAAUCUUUAUUCCUCCUAAGAUAAAAGAUAUGUAAAACUAAGGCGCUAAACAGGUGAUCUACUUCACCUUGACUGAAACCUUCCUUCCGUAAUGAUCUUAAUACAAUCAGACACUUAUUUGCCUCAAUCAACUUAGCACGUAAGUGUUCGCUAUAUUUACUAUUCUCCUGAAACGUAGCACCUAAAAUGGGCAACUCCGUGCAUCGCGGAAUGUUACUAACUUGCGCAAUAGCCUGAAUAAAACCAUCCUUGCGAAUACUAAAUAAGUACGGACCACUCACACUGCCCUGUGUAAUGCCCCUGCUCACACAUUGCCAUUGUCCUUGAAAACUGUUGUAAAUAAUGCACUGUUGACGAUUCUCAAGAAAGCUUAAAUACCAGUUGAUUAUGAAUGGAUUUAACGGUACAUCCUUAAGCUUUUAAGACAAAAGUUUACGAUUAACGCUGUCGAACGCUUUACUGAAAUCCAUGGCAAACAAACGUACGGGUUUACACUUAGGGUCAUCUAGAUAACAAUAGACGGUGUGCUGUCACGGGACUUAUCUCUUCGAUUUAUGAAAAAAUAUUAUAAGCUAAUGGAAGUUCUACAUAUCUUUCUAAUUGUUUUUAAAGUGAAACCGAUAUUUAACCCGAUUUAGCCAAAUGUAUCCUUUACGGAAUAAGUGAAACAUAAUACUAAUAAAGAACAUUUAGAAUAUAAAUUUAAAUUCUAUAGUCGCAGGGAUAUGUUUUCCUGCAUUUUGAAGCUGCAGACAAUGACAUUCAACAACCAAUACCCACCCACACAAACUGGACUUUUUGGUUCUCUUUUAAUAGCUCUGCUCAUAAUAAUCUUUACUCAAAGUCACUGUCAGCAUCUGAGCCGUAAUCAGAGUCAGGGUCAGAGUCUACAUCUGGAAGGUCCAGUUGUUUUGUAAAAUCCUUUGCCUACUGCCUUAAUUUUUCAAUUCAUGAAUUCCUCAGUAGUGAAGUUGUACGAAAAUUAUUUGAAAUCAGAUUCCCAUACAAACACCGUCAGUGGCGUCGGAAACCGUUUGGUCUAUUCUACAAAUAGAUGAAGUGCGGCAGACAAACAUUUGGAGAGACGAAGAGUUUUCGCCAGAAGGUGAAUCACAAAAGUAUUAGUUUAACAACUUAUCUUUAAAAUUUCAAUGACUAGAUGGGAGGAGCACUGUUUUAACGUGAACGCACCGAAAAUUAAUUCAUUGGCGUAAACCAUAAGACAAAUCAAAAAUCACGCUUCGCUUCGUUGAACAUGAUGAUUAAGCCAUUCAAUAUAUACAGGCAAGUAAAAGGUUAAAUCACGAAGAAGUCUACUCACCUCUUGGCCUUUUCUCUACUGGAGGCCCUUUGGUUGAAGCCGAAAAAUAAUCCGCUAUCGAACGCGUUCUUUUCUGGGCCGCCAUGCUCACGUGCUCCCAACACUGAUACAUUUCAGGUGGUCGUUUAUGAAGCACAGUUCUUUCGAAAUGUGUUAUGAGGCGAUUGUUGUUUUUAACACAUAACGAACGAGGGGAUUUCAUGCCGCGUGUAAUAAAGUGGAAAUUGCACGGCAAAGUAUGUUUUACACUUGAUAAGACUCAUCCAGAAAACGGCACGAUUGUAACUUAAAACUGUUUUUGAUCGUUCCUUGUAUUAAAAAGAAGGUCUUUGAGAUGUAAAGCAGCCGGUCAAUUUGCCCGGUGCCCGGUCCUUAAUGAACCCCAUGGGCCAUACAUCUGUCGCUUAUUUCUUUUUUUCUUGCCACCAAGAUUUGUUUAUAUUUCUGUUUCACCGAAUUGCAGUGAGCUGGCUUUCGUACUCGGUUUCAAAGUGAAGUUUGGGUCAGCAUGUUUGCCGCUUUUUUCCAGCCAUCGUCCACUUGUCAAGCUUCUGAUGCUUCGGAAACCUACAAAAUCAUUCUGUUUCCUUGAAGAUAUACGCGUCCCUUUUGAUUGCAAACAGCAAAUCGCUACUAAACAUUAAAAGCAGAAGACAUCCCACGUAAUUGUAUUUAUAAAGAAGUCCGUAGAAAGUUAUUUCAGGUGGAAUCCGUGCUAAACACUCUGCAAGUUCACUGAAAGUCUUCAAUUGUAAUUUUUGUUUAUCCUACAACGCCUCGCUUUCAUGACUAGGCACCAGUUUUUUCCCGCGUGUCCGCCAUUUGUGAAUACGGUGUAUGCGGGCUCAUUUAAGCCUUUCCGGUUGUAGUUACUUGUGCUGAUAUUUACGAGUGUAAUUACGCUCAGCUCGGCGACGAGCGACGACGUUGUGCCGGUUUGUGACAACGAUCAGGUACAUAUAGAAUUUGAAAUGUACUAACUUUAGAAACAAAAACAUCUUCCCCAUCAAGUUGAUAUGUUCAUUUCUUCUCGCCGAAAAAAACACCAGCAAAAUGUUUUGUCAUGAUCCAGAGCAACAAUGAGUUCUAAUGCCUUUUCCAAUCAUUUUGUGGGAAGAUAAGGAAUCCCUGAAUUAUGCACAUCAAUUUAUUUGUAGUUACACACUCACCGCUUUUGUAUCGGAAAUCUUACUCGUUUUGCGGCACUCUCUCGUACUAUUUCUGCCUCAUCUACUAAUGCUUUUAUACCAUGUACUUUCCAUGAAAUAUUUCGAAGAUGUUGCUUUGUUUACACCAAAGUAGAGGAGGAUUUUUUGUUUUUAUGGCCACGUACAUACCUUCGAUUGUUGUCUUGUCACAACCCGCACAGCGCCGCAUAGCGCUGAUCGCGGCCGAGCGUAGUUACACUCGUUAUAAAUAUCACCACACGUAAUUACAACUAAAAAGCUUAAAUGAGCUCCUACAUUUAUACUUAAAUUUGCACUAUAUAUUUCGAGACCUUUUCUUCACGUAGAUAACUGAAUUCAGUAACCACAAAUUUCACUCUCAACCUCAAGCAAGCAGUGUUUAUCGAUAGAAUUUAUCGCAUUAAUCACACAGAAACUCGAAAUUUCAACGCAUCAACUUUAGUCACCUCCCCUUCUCAUAAAAUCACGCCCUACAUUUUUUCGCAAUGUUCGCCCCCUGGCGAUCCCAUGAUCCUGUGCGCAAAACAUGGGUCUCCGAUUACUGGAAAAUCAUUCAUUAUGUGGGUCAUGUCUUCAUUUGGUCAUGAAGACACCUGUGACUUAAAAUCACUGAACCAUGACGCCCUCAGUGUCCAUUGCAGGCAACUUAGGGUGUGUUCACACUGUACCGUAUAGCUUUUUCGCCGGCACGAAAAUCAGUUCACACACAAGAACGGUGAUUUCGGCGCGAUUUCUGUUAAACGAAGAGAAGCUGUGCCUCGCCGAUCUCUUAAGUGGAGAGUCACAUAUUGGAUAGAUGUCGUGUCGUAACUAAAGGUUAUCCGGUAUUGUGUGAUCAUAGCUUUAUUGUUCUGGUUCCGGUUCACUGAUUCUUGGUGCGCAAAUGAGAGAAAGACGUCAUCGACGUUAAUUUAUUCCACUUCAAAAAAGGUGUCUAAUUAGUGCCUCCUACACUACUAAAGUGGAAAAAUCAUUUUUUUAGUGCCGAUACCAGUGGCGUCCGCCUUACAGAGAGCUGACAGCGCAGCUGCUUGAAUAUAUACCUUCUACAAAAGCACUUUACCCCUUUCUCUAUUAACUACAGUAUUUUCGUUUUUUCUUACAGCCAGAUGGGACAGAACUGUCUCAUUUUGUGGAUGGAUAUCCAUCUUGGGAUGCCUAUCUCACAAGCAUGAUGGCAGAUGGUACAUGGGGUGAUCACGUGAUCCUACACGGCGCGGCAAACUGUUUUCAAACGUGCAUCCACGUGAUUAGCAGUCUUCCGCAUCGCCAUGACGUAAUGAUCUGCCCAGAGUUUGAUGUUACUAGUAGCGGCCGGCUUGUGCUGGGUCACGUGUACGAGCUUCACUAUGUUAGCCUUAUUCCACAGAAAGGAGGUAAACAUGACUGA